UAAGUGAAGGCACCGUGUCUUGUAAUGAACUGUAAAAUCUAAACAGUCUGCGUUAACCCUAAAUGGAAUAACGGUCGUUAAUGAGUUAAAGCACCGAAGAUCAAGCUCGAUGAGCUCCUCCGGGUCCACCUCGCAUAUCCUCCGUGACGUCCAGCGUGCUCCCGGUGAUUCUGAAGUAAGCGGCGACCCCCCACUGACUGACACCCUGCGAUUCCUGUGGUUCCCCCUGCAUCCAACUUCAGUGCAUCAGGGUUCUGUCAGUGGUUUGGACUCUCAUUGGACGCUUUAUUAAGUGGCUAUUCGGUCUGGCGCAGCCUCCCCCUGGGGCCGGCGUGCGCUCCCAGCAGCCCGUGGUGCCCUGCGCCGACCCCUCCCGAGCCCAUGUUCAGGCAGGAAUUGCAGGAGCCAUGUGCCUCCCUCCCCCCAACAGCAUGGACAGUAAGCAACAGGGGCCGGUGACAGGGGGAGUGGCUUUACCAAACCCACAAGAUGGAGGCGUUUCUCUGGAGCCCUUCACACACCAGGUGGGGGGUCACACCAGCAUGAUGCGGUACGAUGACCACACCGUGUGUAAGCCUCUGAUCAGCAGAGAGCAGCGCUUCUAUGAGUCUCUGCCUCCUGAGAUGAAGGAGUUCACUCCCGAGUAUAAAGGCGUGGUCCUGGUGUGCUUUGAAGGCGACUCCGACGGCUACAUCAACCUGGUGGCGUACCCCUACGUGGACAACAUGGAGGACAUGAUGGGGGAGCUGGAGGAGCAGGACCCCCUGGAGAGGGAGCAGCAGAGGCGGACGCAAUCCCGCCGCAGCCUCCGCCGAUCCUCCUCGUCCUCCGAAUACAAGGAGGAGCGGGCCGAGCAGAGGGAGGAGCGGGCCGAGGAGCGGGCCAAGCAAAGGGAGUCGCACGACACCGACAGCUCCGACAAUUCUGUGAAACAGAGUCCCCUGCUGGACCCAAAGGUCCGCUCGGAUGUCCCGUUCCAGAUGCUGGACUGGAACAGCAGCGUGGCCUCGGAGAAGAUCGGCCUCAACCCCUGGAGCCUGGUGUGCCACAAGCAGCAGCUCAACCGCAUGAGAUCUGAGUCCAAGGACCGCAAGCUCUUCAAGUGCCUGCUGCUGGAGAACGUCGUCCACCACUUCUCCUUCCCCUGCAUCCUGGACCUGAAGAUGGGAACCCGGCAGCACGGCGACGACGCCUCGGAGGAGAAGGCAGCCCGGCAGAUAAAGAAAUGCGAACAGAGCACUUCGGCCAAGCUGGGCGUCAGAGUGUGUGGCAUGCAGGUGUACCAGCUUAGCACUGGCCUCUACCUGUGCAAGAACAAGUACUAUGGGCGCGGCCUGUCGAAGGAAGGCUUCCGCCAGGCGCUCCGCCAGUUCCUGGAUAACGGGAAGGGCCUGAGGCGGGACGUCUUUGAGCCGAUCCUGAACAAGCUCCGCAACCUGAAGGUGGUGCUAGAGAGGCAGGAGUCCUACCGCUUCUACUCCUCCUCUCUUCUCAUCAUCUACGAGGGAAAGGUGAGCAGAUGGGAGUCUGAAGACGCCCCGCCGCCCGGCCCUGGGCAGGGCGCCACCCCUGCAGAUGUCCACGCCGCUCCCUCUCCUCACUCCAACAUUUCCAGUGAAACGGACUUCAACCAGAACCAGGACUCGGACCUGGAGCCUCAGUCCUCUCAGGGACCCGGACAUUCGGCGCCAGACGCCCCCCCCUCUCCCUUUCCGCCCAGCGUGACGGACUGCUGCCCCUUUGUGCCCUGCCCCCCGUCAAAAUGUCCCUCCCUGCAGCCGCCUCAGCAGCCGCCUCAGCAGCCCCCUCUGGUGGACGUUCGCAUGAUUGACUUUGCCCACUCCACCUUCAGGGGUUUCCCCAACGACACGGCCGUGCACAAAGGCCCAGACCAGGGCUACGUGUUCGGACUGGAGAACCUGAUCCAUAUUCUAGAGGACUUUCGAGAUGAGAACCUGCCGUAGCUCCAGAGGCUCCCAUGCGGUUCUGUCGGACCAAACCGGCUCGGUUCUGUUCAAUAAACAACAAAAAAGUCCUCCCACUCUAGAGACUGAUUGGUCUUUAAGCAAACACACACACACACCUCUUACUGUGAGUCCAUUCAGGUCGGACCGCACCGAGGAGGCGGGACGGCGCCGCCAAAAUGGCCGCACACCAAACUAUGAUCUCUCGCUAUGAGGACCUCCGUGGUUUAAAGCAUUCCCUCACCAUCACACAUCAAUGCCGAACCACAGAGUGGCGGUGACAUCACAGCAGGUGGCCCGCCGCCAUCCUGAGGGGAUUUUAACUGCUUUAAUCCAGAACAAUGCCGGUUCUGAUAAAAAGUUAGAAAAGGCAGCUGAGACUACAGAGAAGGGUUUUAAUUGUCCAUAAAUGUAAAAAAAAAAAAGCUGCGACUGCAACCCGUUGGCUGGCAGAAAAAGGGAACCAGUGUGGCCACUAGGGGGAGUGCUUUUCUAGAUUAAAGCGUAUCUUUAAGGGAAACUCAAAAUUCAGAGGAUUUUUCUCAUCCUGUUGGUCGGACUCAACUACAUCCUGGGAACAUUGUGGUUGGACGAAACGUCCACUGACUGACCAAUCAGCUCCAAUCCCAGCGCAGAUCCUCCUCCUGGCUCCUCAGAAACAAAAACCCACAACAGCGAAUCGGGGCCAAAAAAGGACUAAAUAUCCACUGAAAAACUCAGACAUUAAGAGAGUAAUUUCAGACUCUUUCUAGACAAAAACAAGGAAAUUUCUGAUCUCCAAAAGUCUAAAAUGUGCAAGAAAAAAAAAUCUUAAUUUUUUCUAGAAAACAUUUUGGAAAAUUUUCCACUUUCUCCAAACCAAAUUUGCAAAAAUGUUUACUUUUGAAAUUUCAAAUUUCUAAUAGAAAUUGACGUUUGAAAUUCAGUUUUUUUAUAGAUAAUUUCUGAUAUUAAUCUCAAAAGUUUUUGUUUUGUUUUGGGUUUUUUUUUGGCAGAAAUCUACUCGUUUCAUUUUUCUAACUAUAUUGGCCCCAUUACGCCGUGGUAGAACCCGUAUAACCUCAGAAAUGAAAGAAGAAGGAAAAAACGCACUAAGAGACACACCUGGUUCUGGAAGAGCGCAGUGGCGCCCCCUGGAAGGGAGAUCAGCAAUGCAGUGCAGCAGAAACAGGCACUCAGAGGAAAAUGUAACCGUUUUAUUUUAAAACAUUGGGGAUUAAUCAGAAAUCUAAUGUGGCCUGUGGCCUGUGAAGCUCAUUUGUAAUAUUUGAAGCAUAAAUGUCACUUUAAGAUCUGGUUCAGUGGUGUCCAGAUGUUUUUUUUAUUUUAUGUUUUGUUCUUAGCAGAUCUCAUGGAAAAAAGCCCUUCAUGAAUGCACUGAUGCAGCUCAGUUUGUAUGUUCUGAAGAAGUGAAGAGAAAUUUUCUGUUUUUCUAUUUUUGGGUUUUUUGUGUGUGAAGGUCCUCCUAUUUCACAGGAGCUCUGAAGCGCCUGACCCUGAAGGCCAACAUGGCGCCUUUCCAUGGGAUUUGUUAACAGCACUGAUUAAAAAGUAGAGUAACACCACCCUCAACUAUCAGGGCUCGGUUAUAUAAUAUUUUUCUGAUGGAAAUGGGAAAUGAGACCAAAAACUAAAUAAAUUAAAUUCCUUUUGAACAUUUCGCUGGUGUUGAAUUAUCAUGCAGCUCUGCCUCAAAAUAUAGAAGUUUAUAUUUAUAUAUAAAUCUAUGUUAGAGUCCUGUACCUGUCGGCAGUAGUGGCAAUAACGUGUCCGUGUCUCUGGCUGCUUUGGAGUGGUUAGCCAAUCAGAUUCGUUGAUCUUCCUCCGCCUGAGGCUGAGGCUGGCCGAAGCGCGGCACCGCCCCCUGCUGGACAGCAACAGGUACUCAGCCUCAGGAGCAGGAACCAAACAGAGCAAAUAAUGUAUUUUAUUUUUGGUUUAUUAAGGUGAUAAUUUAUUUUUUUAUUGUACCUUUACCCACAGAUACGGGUACGUGUUUUAUCCCCCACCUUUAAAAGUGUAAAAAUGUAAAGAUGUUAGGAGGAGAGAAUAGAAGCAGUAUUAUCAUUGGAGCUAACUCGGCUCUGCUGCCUUGCUCUGGACCUGCGGUUCCGGUGGGGAAAACUGUUCAACGUGUCUGUGUGUGUUCUUUGAUUGUUGGUUUGUUUCACUCUUACAUCGACAGAGCCGAAAUAAAAUAAAUAAACCUGCAUGCUCAUCGACGUCCCUCCUGUUCGAGACCGUUUUCCGCGCCACGUCAAACGUUACAGCCGUUAACCGACCGACGGCCCGCUGUUACCUCCGAUCCUCAUGGUUGUUGGCUUCAGAUUGAUGGGACUUGAUCUUUUUUUUUUUUUUUU